AUAGCCCGCCUCCUUUUCUCCUUCGUCCCUCUGGCGCGGUAAAGCCACUGGUGUCCAGGACAGCCAAGGCUACACGUAGAGAAACUCCUUCUCGUGGAGCUCGGGCUCCUCCCCCUCCCCCCUCCGGCCCCGCCCUCUGCGUGCAGACGAUUUGAAGUGCGCGGUAGUUCCUCGCGCAGGCGCACGUGCGGCCUUGCCAUGGCGGAGGUGAUCUCCUUUGUAGUCCCCACCCAGAGUGACAAAGUUUUGUUGGUGUGGGAGCUGAGCGCCGGUCCCCCAGCCGAGGCCUUAAGUCGUUCCCUGUUGACAGUGUUCUCCCAGUUCGGCCUUCUGUAUUCGGUGCGGGUCUUCCCGAACGCCGCGGUGGCCGGCCCCGGUUUCUACGCGGUCCUGAAGUUCUACUCGUCGCGGGACGCACGGAGAGCCCAGCAGGCGUGCGACGGAAAGCCUCUUUUCCAGGCAUCGCCCGUGAAGGUUCGCCUCGGCACCAGGCGUACGGCGCUGCGACAUCAGACCUUUGCUCUCAACAGCUCACGGUGCCAGGAGCUGGCAAAUUACUACUUUGGCUUCAAUGGGUGGUCAAAGAGGAUCAUCAAGCUGCAGGAGCUGCCCGGGCCUGACCGUGAGGCCCUCUCGGGGCCCUCGCAGAAGCGGAGCCUCCAGUUCUUUUGCGCCGCGGAGGUGGUGCUGCCGUCCUACGGGUGCAGGAGCCGGGGAGUCGGCAUCUCGGAGGAGCCUCUGCACCAGCUGGAGGAAGGGCAGUCAUCAUUUCUUAUGAAGAGGAAGACAGCUCAGAAGCUUGCCAUCCAGGGGGCCCUGUCAGACGCCUUCCAGAAGCUGUCUAUCGUGGUUCUAGAAAGUGGCAAGAUCGCAGUGGACUGCAGGCCCAGUGAAGAGUCCAUAGAUCCCGGAAGGGAGGAGGAACUGCAGAAUUUAGUCCAGGUGGGUGGUGACCGAAGCCCGAUGUUUCCAAAGCUGGAGCAGCCGAGACUGAGGAAGCCAGCGAGAUCUGGAAGACUGCGCUGUACAGCCCCUGUGUGUGUGUGUGUGUGUGUGUGUGUAUGUGUAUGAGUGUGUGUGGGCAUGUGCGCGCACACCAUGGUAAGCUUCUGGAUGUCAGCGGUUUUUUUGUGAAGUCCGUUUUCCCUUUUGGCCUUGUUGUAAAUAAAAAUGGUAUUGGGCUAAAUAAUUAUUAUUAUUAGCCCUAUAAUUAUCACAGUGGUAUUAUUUAACCCACUAUCACAAUAAGACACAGACACCUGUUAGAUUUUUUAAUUGCCUUAUUUACCUUGGGCUGGGCAAAUAUUUCCACCUGCACUAUCUCGAUAAUCUCUCC